GUCUUCUUUGAGGGAUAGUAACAUUUGUUGCAAGAGACUAAAACAUCACUUGGCAGCUGUCAGAAGACCUGAGUACAACUCACAGGCCUUCGUCCAAAGGCAUGGUAGUGGCUACUCAGGUUUCCCAUCAUACUCAGAUUGAGUAAGCAAAAUGAGUCACUUGUUGGACGGCCACAAUAAAGUGCUCCUCACUGGAAGCCCAGGGAGCAUAAGUGAUCUGCUGCAGCUGGACAAUAAACAAGGAGGUGUUGUUGUUACCGGAAUAAAGGAAGAUAACCCAGUUGCUAGCAAUUUGGGUGUAAAAGAAGGGGAUGAACUCCUUGGGGCCACCAUAUACUUUGAAAACUUGCAGAAGGCUGAGGUUCUUAAUAUUUUAAAAGCAACAGAACCAUACAAAGCAGGUUUACAGCUUCAUACUAAAAGUGAGCUUCAGCUGCCUCAAGUGAAUGAUUUUACUUUGAAAAAAGAUCAUGUGGUUGCAAGCUCUUCAAUAUAUGAUGAGCUCUUCAAAAACAAGAUUCGACCACACCUUAGGGGGUCUGUCUCCAUGUUUGAUGUAUCAAGAGAAGGCACAAAUUAUGGACAACCACAGGCUCCUAAAAUGCAUAACUUUGCUCUUGACUUACCUAAUAUUAAUGCUAAAAUACCCAGUAUCAAUGAUGCCAGAAACAAUGUCUCAGUACCAAAAGUCCAAGGUCCAGACGUUAACCUAAGCCUAUCUAAAGAUAACAUACAAGCACCAAACUGGAGAAGUCCAACAUUAAAUGUGGAAGGUGUAGAAAAGAGUAUUCCUGAAAUUAAUGGUCUAGAUAUGAAAACCAACCUUCCUACAGCAGAUUUGAAAUUUAGAACUCCCAAUAUAAAAGAGCCAGAAGUAAAUGUUAAUCUUCCUAAAGUAAGCGUAAAAGGCUCUGAAGCCCUUGAUUGGGGAAUUGUGUCUCCAAAAGCAAAUAUAAAAACCCCAGUAUUAAAAAGUUCAGAAUUAAGUGUUGAUCUACCUAAAGCAGGGUUACACAUUCCUGAACUACGAGGUCCAGAAGUAAAUGUUGGCCUUCCAAAAGCUGAUCUACAGAUUCCAAAACUCAAAGGUCAAGAAAUAAAUGUUGAUCCUCUUAAGGCAGAUAUAAAAAUUCCAAAUGUGAAAUGUGAUAUUCCUGAUGCUACUGUUCAACCCCUCAAACUCAAAAGUCCAGAAUUGGAUGUUGAUCUACCUAAGGCAGGGUUGCACUUUUCAGAAGUAAAAGGUCCAGAAGUAAAUGUUGAACUUCAAAAAGCUGAUUUACAGAUUCCAAAACUUAAAGGUCAUGAAUUAAAUGUUAACCUUCCCAAGGCAGAUAUAAAAAAUCCAAAUGUAAAAGGUCUUGAUGCAAGUUUUCAACCACUGAAAGUGAAAAGUCCUGAACUAAACAUCAGUCUACCUAAGACAGACUUACCUACACCUGAACUAAAAGGCCUGAAUUUGAAUGUUGACCUUCCAGAUGGAGAUGUCAAUAUUCCAAAAGUGAAAGCUCCUGAAGUAAACAUAGAUGUUCCCAGUGUACCCCAACUAAAGGGUCCAAAACUAAAUGUCAGUCUACCUAAAUCUGAUAUUCAGAUUCCAAAUCUAAAAGGUCCAGAAGUGAAACUUGACCUUCCAAAAGCAGAUCUACAAAUUCCAAAAAUAAAAGAUUCUGCAGUGACUAUAGAUCUUCCUAAAGCUAAUUUACAAGCUCCUACAGAGCCAGAUCUAAAAGUUAAUAUGCCUAAAGUAGAUAUUAACAUGCAAAAAGUGAAAGGUCCAGAAGUAAAUGUUGGUGUCCCCAAAGUUGAUGUGGAUGUUCCAAAACUAAAAUUUCCAGAUGUAAAUCUUCCUAAAGCUGAUUUACAGCUUCCAAAAAUGAAAGGUACUGAAGUAAACAUUGAUGUCCCAAAACCAGAAGCAAAGGGGAAGUUUAAAAUGCCUUCCUUUAGUUUCUUUAAUUCAAAGAAAGAUAUCCCUAGCACAGAAAUAAAUGUCAAAUCUGGAAAACUGAAAGGGCCAGAAGUCGAUGCUGAUCUUCCCAAAGCAGAUAUACAGUUUCCAAAAUUUAAAGGCUCAGACGUAAACCGUGAUAUACAGAUUCCAGAAGUGAAUGGUCCAGAAAUAAAUGCCAAUUUUCAAGCUGUUAAACUUAGAACUCCAGAAUUAAAUUUUGAUCCACCAAAAGCCGAUGUUCACAUUCCAGAAAUAAAGGGUAAAGGAUUCAACAUUGAUUUUCCAAACCCGGAUUUACAAAUUCCAAAACUAAAAGGACAAGAUGUGCAUUUAGAUUUUCCAAAAGUCAAUUUGCAAGGACCUAAAAUAAAAGAGCCUGAAAUGAAUGUCAAUCUUCCUGAGAUAGAUAUAAAUAUGCCAAAAGUGAAAGAUGCAGACUUGAAUGUAGGUGUUCCUAAAAUUGAUGUAGACAUGCCAAAUUUAAAAGGUCCAGAAGUGAAUGUAAAUCUUCCUAAAGCUGAUAUACAUCUUCCAAAGCUUAACAGUUCAGAGGUAAACCUCGAUGUGCCAAAACCAGAAGUAAAAGGCAAGUUUAAAAAACCCUCAUUUAACUUCUUUAGCUUUAAAAAAGAUGCACCCAAUGCAGAAAUAAAUGUGAAAUCCCCCAAAAUUGAAGCUUCUGGUGACAUACCCAAAGUAGAUUUGAAAGGAAAAGCAGAGCUAGAUGUUAAAGCUCCCAAUAUAAAUGUAUCAGCCCCUGGAAUUAAAGGAGAUAUCAGUGGGCCAGGAGCAAAUAUAGAUGUACCAGAUGUUAAAGGUUCAAAACUUAAAAAGCCUCUUUUUGAUUUUCCAGAUAUAAAAUUCCCCAAACUAAAAGGUCAGGAAGUGGAUCUCCCCAAAGCAGAUAUACAAGUUCCACAAGUGAAAGGACCAAAUGUAAAUGUUAAUCUACCUAAAUCAGAUAUGGAGAUCCCCACGUUGAGUGGACAAGAAGUAAAUAUUAAACUCCCUAAUCCAGGCAAUAUAAAUGUUCCAGAACUGAAGGGGCAAAAAGUGAAUGUUGAUGUCCCUAACCAAACUAUACAAAUUCCAAAACUGAAAGGGGUAGAUGUAAAUGUAGAUCCAAAAAUAAAUGUUGAUCUUCCUAAAGCAGAUCUCCACAUUCCCAAAGCAGAUCUACAAAUUCCAAAACUGAAACGUCCAGAAGCUGAAGUUGAUCUACCCAAAAUAAAUAUGGAAGCCCCAAAAUUUAAAGGACCAGGAGUCAGUUUACAAGCACCAGAACUAAAAGCACCUGAAAUAAAUCUUCCUAAGGUAGACAUUAAUAUGCCAAAACUAAAAGGUCUAGAUGCAAAUGCAUAUAUUCCUAAAGUAGAUGUAGACAUGCCAAAUAUAAAAGGUCCAGAAGUUAAUCUCCCUAAAGGUGAACUACACAUUCCAACACUUAAAGGAAAAGACAUUAACCUUCCGAAAGCAGAUCUACAAAUGCCAAAACUGAAAGGUCCAGAAGCUGAGAUUAAUCUACCAAAAACAAAUAUACAUGCUCCAAAAUUGAAAGGACCAGGAGUCAAUGUUGAACUUCCCAAAGUUAAUUUACAAGCACCUGAACUAAAAGGACCAGAAUUGAAUCUUCCUAAGGUAGACAUUAAUAUGCCAAAACUAAAAGGUCUAGAUGUAAAUGCAGGUAUUCCUAAAGUAGAUGUAGACAUGCCAAAUAUAAAAGGUCCAGAAAUAAAUCUUCCUAAAGGUGAUCUACAUAUUCCAACAUUAAAAAGUCCAGAGGCGACUCUUGAUAUUCCAAAACCUGAAAUUAAAGGGAAAUUGAAAAAACCCUCAUUUAAUUUCUUUAACUUCAAAAAAGAUACACCUAAUGCAGAAAUAAACCUAAAAACCCCAAAGGUUGAAGCAACUGGUAACUUACCCCAUGUGGAUCUAAAAGGAGAUGCCAAAGUCGAUAUUAAUGCCCCACAAAUAAACCUUAAGAACCCUGACAUGAAAUUAGAAGCUCCAAAUGUGAAAAACACAGGAUUUAAAUUUCCAUCCUUUCAAAUGUCUGGCCCGAAUGUCCAAGCACCUGAUUUGCAGGUGGACGGAUCUCUAAAUAGACCCAAGUUGGAUGUCAGUGAAUCACAUAUUGACUUAAAAGGUCCGGAUACAAAUACACCUAAAUUUAAGAUGCCUUCUUUCCCUUCAUUCCAAUUUUCAGGCCCCAAAGUUGAAACACCUGAUUUAGAAGUGGGUGGUUCUUUAAAGGCCCCUUCGGUUGAUAUUAAUACACCACAAAUUGAUGUCAAAGGUCCAAAUGCAAGAACAAAUGCUCCUAAAUUUAAAAUGCCUUCAUUUCCACUCUUACCUUCUCAGAAGGCAAGUCUUGACAUAGACACACCAAAUAUAGAGGUGGAUGGUUCCUUGAAAACUCCACAAGUGGAGUUAAAUGCACCGCAAGUAAAUAUUAAAGGUUCUGAUAAGCCUAUUGUAGAUGCAACCAUUUCUCAAGGAACCUUUAAAGGUCCGCAAGCCUCAACUGAUGUGAAAGGUUCAAAAUUCAAAUUCCCAACUUUGCGUAUUUUCCAGUCUAAACUUGGUUUACCAGAUGCUGACCUAGGCUUUGAAUCUAAAAAAUUAGAAAAUUCUUCACCAAAUAUUUCAGGGAACCUCACAAUGCCAAAUCUAAAGGGUAAUGUUCCAGAUGUCACUUUUGAAGAAUCAGAUAAAAAGAGCUUGCCAAGGUUUAAGAUGCCAACUUUUGGAAAAUCAGAUGCCCAGUUACCAAAAGAUAGUGUCCAGUUAAGAGGCCCAGAGAUGAAUGUAGAUUUACCAAGUAUUAGUGGCAAAGGUAUCAAAAGCAAAGUCCCAGAUGCAAGUUUGAAAGCAGGUGUUCCAGUACUAGAAGGGAAUAUACAGGGCCCAGGUACUGAAAUCAGAGCACCCAAACUUAAUAUGGAAAGUGUAGAAGGAAGCGUGCAUUUGCCUACAUCUGCAUCUAUAUCAAUUCCCAGUAUCAACUUACCUGACAGUAAAAUACAACUGACUGGUACAGAGAAAUCCCCAUCUCAAAGAAAAAGCCCUGGCUUUGAUAUUGAUCUGCCAUCUGCCAAUUUCAGUGCCCCUAAAAUAAAAACCAAAGUACUGCCAGAUGAGGUUUAUCAUUUAAAAGGUCAGGCACUAAAAAGCGAUGUUAGACUGUCUGCUCCGAAGCUUGAGAGUGGUGAAUUAGAUGAUAUUGACAUAGAUUUGCCAUCUGCAAAUGUCAAUGCACCAGUGUGGAAGGAGCCAUUCUCUGGUAAAACAGAGGUGCCACCUAUUGAUAUACACUCCCCCCAAGUCAAAGGUGGCCUUAAUAUCUCCCCGCCAAAGUUAGAAAACUGUAAAAAUGAUGAUCUUACUGUGGGAGUCAACAUUCAACCUGGUGAGGUGAAUGCCCCAACUUGGAAAAAACCAUUUUCUGGUCACACAGAGGCUCUUGGCGAUGAUAUAAACGCCCAGUUUAAGGUUCACAACAAAACAAAUUCCCCUGAUACGGAACGUGAUAUCAAUCCUCCUAAUACAACCGAUGUACGUUCUAAAAUCAAAAAUAUAUUUUCCGAUUCUAACUUUUCCAUUCCAGAUAUUGACUUUGAUAUCUCUCCGCCGCGUAUAAACACUUCAUAAAUUUUUGCCUAAAUAUUGUAACCAUAACAAACACAAAAAACCUACUUGCAGGCAUGUUUGUCUGAACAUAUGUAAAUGAAAUAAUUGAUAUCUGAGUUAUUGAGAUAUUGAGUUAAAUGUCUUUUGAAAUGCUUUUUGUUGAAGUGUCAAGAACUGUAUAUCUUCUGUUUAAGUAAUGUAUAAUUAUUUUGUUUGUGGUGUCUUACUUACUUAAAAAUAAGAUUCUAAAAGAUAAGGUUCAUUCAAGCUAGCAUUUUAAUUGGUCCAUUUCAGUAGAAUGAAAGUAUGUCUCAUUUAGUAGGAUCCCCUUUUUGUCCACUUUUCAUCUGAAUCUGGCCUCAUUCAAGGCACAUAAUUUGAUGAGGCCACAACUCUUUCCUCUGUUUUCGCACUGGUCAAUUUAUAUAACACUAUCCAGCAAGAGAGUUGGAAGGAGAUGCAUCAUAGAUAAAGGGGUUGUGCACCUUUAAAUUAGCUUUUAGUGUGAUUUAGAGAUGGUUAUUCAGAGACAGCUUGCAAUUGAUCUUAAUAUUUUAUUAUUUGUGUUUUAAUUACUUAGCUUUUUGUUCAGAAGCUCUUCAGUUUGAAUUUUUGGUAGCUAUCUGGUUGUUAGGGUCCAAUUUAAGCUAGCAACUAGGUAGUAGUUUGGAAGAGAUACCUGGAAUGUGAAAAGAUGAGGGCCUAAAUAGAAAGAUAAGUAAUUAAAAGAAACAAUAAAAUUGUAGACUCACAGAGCAAUAGUAAUUGGCUGCCGGGGUCAGCGACCCACAUUAGAAAAUUGGAAACAGGCAAAAGAAGAAGGCAGAUACUUUGAUAACGAUAAAAAAUUAAAUAUAUAGACAAAUGGAAAACUUAAGUAUAGGACAUUCUAUAACAUUCUAAGAGAUAACCUGAAGGCGAAUUACUCCUUUAAUCUUAUGUAGUCAAAAAGAUUGCUAUCCUCCAUGAUCUCUCUGUAGCUGCAGCGUAAAUUGAUAUAUGUAGGAUCAGGCAUUUGGCUCUGCUAAAAAAACCUAAGUCAAGAAUUCAAGACCUUUUUUCAGCUCUGGAUAUUUUCUAGCACACAUAAGAGUUUAUCAUUUAGGAUAAACAUCCUCUUUUCUUACUCUUUGAACACAUUUUUUUUAACUAUUGGAAGAAGGAUUUUUUUUCUGUACAGAAGCCUUGGAUUUGGGGCACAACAUGAAGGAACUGCUUCAUUUAUCAGAUAUAUCCAGCUUGCAGCCUGCCACUUGUUUCUUUACCUAAUUAUUUAUUACAUUUUAGCUAUCAUGUCUUAUUUAAAAACGUGGAUAAUGGUAAUUUGCAGAAGAUUAUUAGCCCUUUCAAGUGCACACAUAUAGGCUAACAUAGUAACCAGUUAAUUACAUUUUUACUUUAUAUUUAAAAGAAAUGAGCAGAAAUGAAUAUAACAUGAAUAGAACAUAAUGAGUUUUUUUGUUAAUUCAUAUAAUGUUUAAGACAGUAGCCCAGAAUAUAGGACAAAAUGCAGUCCAUUGAAAUAACUGCCCAUGUUUGUCAUGAAACCUCCUAUCAGCAGGUGCAUAGGGUGUUUUCCCAAACACACAUAACCUACACUGCUGAGGGGUGGAAGCAAUGAAAGGUACUACACACAAUUUAUACAGAGGUCUUCUAAGUCUUAUGCUCAGGGUGGUCUACUUCCACCUAUUCUUUUCCCUUCUCUUCUAGAGAACAAUAAAGUUUCUGAGCAAUGAUCUUACUUUGAUACAUAUGAUCCACAUUUAUUGUAAAACAAUUUAUAUGUAUUAUAGAUGUAUUUUUGUAUUGCCUUCUGAUGCUCCAGUUAUUAAAACGCCUUACAUUAUUAUUUAAUAAAAAUCAUUAAAAUGGA